AUGGAUCUUUCUAGGCUGACCGGCUUACCUUCGCUGCGACGGCAGAACCUGCUGGCCGAAUUUGUCGGAUUUCGACAAGCCUGUCCGGCCGGAGUGUUUGUCAGUCUCACGCCGGGCGACCCGGCGCUCUGGACGGGCGUAUUGUUUGUGCGAGAUGGCCCCUAUGCACCGGCCAUCCUGCGCUUCCAGAUCGUGUUUCCCGAGCGGUAUCCAGCCCAGCCUCCGCUUAUCACCUUUGCCACCGACAUCUUCCACCCGCUCGUGACGCCGCUGACGAUGAGCGCGGCCGACGACGAGAACCUGCCACCGGGUGGCUUCAGUCUGCGCCACGGCUUUCCGGUUUGGUUCAGCAGCCAGGGUGCUGCCCGCCGGCAGUCGGCGUCGCUGGUGCAGACGCCUCCUCGAGCUGAUGCUGCCGAUGCUGCCGAUGCUGCUACGGCUUCGACUUCGGCUUCGAUCGCCAGCACCCCCUCCUACAUGCAGACGCAGCCGCGGGCCGACGACGUGGCCACGUACGACGUGCUGCGCUACAUCCGCAGCACCUUUGACGACGCGACUGUCCUCGACGCCAUCCCGCUCGAAUCUGCCGGCAACCCGGGCGCGUGGCACGCGUGGCGCGCACAUCGCCGACAGUCCGCCCCGACGACGGCUCCGGCCCGGGAGCCGGGCGAGUGGAACUGGGAACACGUCUGGGAAGAGCGGGUCAAGAACGGCAUCAACGUGAGCGUGUCGGACGCGGUACUCUACGGCGGCACAGUCGCGACCGACGACGUGAUCCACUUUCUCUCCAUGGACGACGGCGACGUCGAGGCGAUCAAGGCCAACCUGAAGCGGACCCUCGACGUGACUGUUUGA